UGUGUCUCUGCUUCUUGUGUGUCUGCUUGUUGCGCGUCUGCUUGUUGCGCGUCUGCUUGUUGUGUCUCUGCUUCUUGUGUGUCUGCUUGUUGUGCGUCUGCUUGUUGCGUCUCUGCUUGUUCGUCUGCUUGUUGUACUUCUUGUUGUCGUGCGUCUUGUUGUCGUGCGUCUUGUUGUCGUGCGUCUUCUUGUUGUGUCUCUGCUUGUUGUGUCUCUGCUUGUUGUGUCUCUUCUUGUUGUGUGUCUGCU